AUGAGUAGCCGGGAAGCCUUUCUGUCACGUGUGCGGCAGGCCCUGCGAACGGGGAAACAACCUCACCAUGCGGAAGCGGCACCCGCGGAGAACGGUGAGGUCGUUUCCUUGGUAACGGAAGGCGAGGACUUGGCGGCGCGACUGCAGCGCGAACUGGAAGGCGUGGGCGGCAGCGUGGCGCGAGUCAAGCACGUGGCAGAAGCCGCGCAAUACGUCACCCGUCUGGCCAAGGAGAAGGGUGCCAAGGUCGUGGUGCGCUGGCAGUCGGAUUUGCUGGAUACGCUGGAGAUCGACGACGCGUUGCAGGCCGGCGGCGCCAACGUGCAUACCGCUUCGCCAGGGAGCGAGACGGAGGCCGACGACCGCCGUCAGGAAAUGCGCGACUUGUUGGCCCACGCUGAUAUAGGCCUUUCGGGCGUAGAUGCCGUCAUCGCCGAAACGGGCACCCUGAUGCUGACGGCGCAACCCGGCCAGAUGCGCGGCGUCUCGCUCUUGCCGCCCGUGCACGUCGCCGUCGCCCGCACCGACCAGAUCGUCGCCACCUUCGCCGACGCCCUGCGCAACGUCCGGCAGACAGGGGGAGACGUGCAGCAGAAUCUCACCAGCUGCAUCUCGUUCGUCACCGGACCCAGUCGCACCGGCGACAUUGAGCUCAAGCUCACCGUCGGCGUGCAUGGUCCGGGUGAGUUGCAUCUCGUCCUUCUGGACGAGCCCGGCAACUGA